AUGUCUGGAUUCACAAACGGCAGCACGGAUGGACAUGUCGGAGUCAAUGGAGCCGGUCACGCAAGCCAUACCCCAGGCGAGGACGUUCAUGGUUCAUUGCACAACAGCAGCAGUCACUACAUCCAAGAGCCUGUAGCUGUGGUAAGCAUGGCCUGCAGGCUCCCCGACUCAUGCCACACCCCACGAGCCUUCUGGCGGUUCCUCGAGGAGGGGCGAAUUGCUAUCAACACGCCUCCAGGAACUCGUUACUCACUAAGCACUCAUUAUGAUGGCUCACUAAAGCCGCAAACCAUGGCCUCCCCGGGAGGGAUGUAUCUUCAAGACGUCGACCCCCGCGAUCUCGAUGCCCAGUUUUUUCGGCUUUCGGGAAUUGAGGCCACAUCCAUGGAUCCACAGCAGCGCCAGUUGCUAGAAGUUGUCUAUGAAGGUCUCGAAAAUGCGGGCGUGACUUUGGAGCAACUCGACGGCGCGUCUGUAGGUUGUUUCGUCAGCUCGUUUGCCAGUGACUAUGGCGACAUGCAGGCGCGCGACCCGGAGAAUCGUGCCCCGGCGACAGUUGUUGGAGUUGGUAGAGCUAUGCUCAGCAAUCGUCUUAGCCACUUCCUUAAUAUCAAAGGGCCAAGUAUGACAAUCGACACUGCCUGCUCCGGGGCACUUAUUGGGAUAGACCUCGCCAUGAGAUACCUCCAAUCCAGGGAGAUAUCCUCUGCAAUUGUAGCAGGAGCCAAUCUAUACUGCAGCCCGGAGCAUGUGAUGGAUCAUUACAUGGGUGCGAAUGGUGCCGCGUCGCUGUCCGGGCGUUGCCACACGUUUGACUCCAAGGCAGACGGAUAUAUCAAGGCUGAGGCAGUCAACAUGGUGUAUCUUAAGCGACUGAGCGAUGCUAUCAAGGACAAAGACCCUAUUCGCGCGAUCAUUCGCGGAACUGCCACCAAUAGUGACGGCUGGACGGCUGGUAUCGCGAGUCCCAACCCCGAAUCACAAUCGGCUGCUAUUCGCCAGGCUUAUCAAAAUGCUGGAAUAAAGGACCUCUCACUGACGAGCUACGUUGAGUUCCAUGGUACCGGGACAAGAGCGGGUGAUUCUCUGGAGGCGAACGGUGUUGCAACUGUCUUUACACCGUUCCAAAAGCCUGACCGUCCCUUGCGGAUUGGCUCAGUGAAAAGCAAUAUCGGCCACUCGGAGCCAGCUGCUGGCUUAUCCGGACUACUGAAGACUGUGCUCAGCUUGGAGAAGGGGGUCAUCCCUGGGAAUCCUACAUUCUUAGACCCUAGUCCGAAGAUCGAUUUUGAAGCACUCCGGUUAUAUACUUCAAGAACCGCCACUCUCUGGCCAAAGGUUGACUUGCGGCGAGCUAGCAUCAAUUCAUUUGGAUAUGGAGGCUCAAAUGCUCAUAUUAUCGUCGACGAGGCUAGGGCCCUGGGUCAUCAUCACGUCUCUUCUUAUAUAAACGAAGAGAUAGAUGAUAUAUUUGCCGAGGAAUUAGCCACGCGGCCCCAUAUUUUGGUCUUUUCAGCAAACGACGAAAAGGCAUUGGAGGCCCAGGCCACUGCAUUAGAUCGUCACCUAUCGGAUCCGGCCGUGAAGAUCUCCCUUCGCGAUCUUGCGUAUACGUUGAGCGAACGAAGAUCCCACCACUAUCAUCGCUCAUUUGCGAUCACAAGCAGCCCGUCUUUGGACCUACCCGCCUUGAGUCAAGGGCAUAUAACCGGCCAGAAACCCAGAGUUGGGUUCGUCCUAACUGGGCAAGGCGCCCAAUGGCCCACGAUGGGAAAGGAGCUUAUUCAAACAUUUCCCCUCGCAGCUCGCACUAUCCAGCACUUGGAUAGAGUACUACAAGAAGCUCAUGAUCCACCUUCAUGGGCUCUCUAUGCGCAAUUGACUGCCGAUGAUGCCCAAAUUCAGCGUCCGGAACUAUCUCAGCCGCUUGUCACGGCACUUCAAUUGGCUCUUCUGGCUGUAUUCAAGGCUUCCGGUGUAGUGCCCCAAGCGGUAGUUGGGCAUUCCUCUGGAGAAAUUGCCGCAGCUGUCGCUGCAGGCUACCUCUCCCCUGAACAGGCCAUUCUGAUAGCUUACUAUCGGGGCAAGGCGACUUCUGAAGCUGUCUACGAAGUCCCCGUCGGAAUGAUGGCUGUCGGUUUAGGGCCUGACCAGGUCCUUCCGUACUUGGAAGACACAACUGUAGAGGUUGCUUGCGUCAAUAGCCCACAGAGUGUCACCCUCUCUGGAACGAAAUCGGAGCUUGUCGCCAUCGAAGAACGAGUCAAGGAUGCUGGGUACUUUGCAAGACUUCUUCGCGUGGAUGCGGCAUAUCAUUCUCGCCACAUGAAAACCGUCGCUGGGUGUUAUGAGGAACUGCUGAAGCAGCACAUCGAGUGGCCAGAUCACAAUAGGGAUGAGAAAACAAUCAUGGUGUCAUCAACCACAGGUGCAACCCUUACAAAGCCACCGGGGCCUGCUUACUGGGUAGCCAACAUGGUAUCACCUGUGCUGUUCAGCCAAGCCGCACAGGAGCUAGUAGCAGGGGCAGAGGCCAUGGAUUACCUUCUCGAAAUUGGGCCAAGUGACGCACUAUCAGGGCCAAUCAACCAGAUCAAGAAGGCCGCCUCUUCCUCAGUCGAGUAUGGCUCGGCCUGGAAGCGCGGGGCUAUCGCUGUCUCGACCCUGCUCCAUGCAGCCGGAACUCUGUUCACCAUGGGCUACCCCAUUUCUCUGAUGGCUUUCAAUGACGACGCUGCCGAUACCACCCCUGUGUUUGUAUCAGAUCUCCCCAACUACCAGUGGAACCACACAGUCAAGUACUGGCAUGAGAGUGAAUCUAGUCUCGACUGGCGCUACCGCAAAUUCCCUUAUCAUGAUCUGCUUGGUAGCAAAAUCCUCGGUAGCCCAUGGACCCAUCCAGUAUGGAAGAACGUGCUGCGGCUCAGUGACACCACCUGGUUACGAGACCAUACCCUUGGGGACAGCGUUAUCUUCCCCGCGGCAGGCUACAUUGCAAUGGCGAUCGAAGCGAUCUACCAGAAAAAGUAUGCGACAGGACAGGUCCCAGAGGGUACUCUUAUCUCAGAACUUCCCUUCAAGUUGCGAAAUGUGACAUUUCCAAGAAUGCUCACACUAGACACUAACGGCGGAACCAAGAUCCUGUUGUCUCUGCAGCCGUGCUCCAGCACAAAGGAGUCAUGGCACGAGUUCAUUAUCUCCACAAUCGCAAAAGAUGGCUCAAUUGAAGAACACUGCAGGGGUGUUGUGAGCGUUGGUGACCAGAGCAUUCCCCCGCCACCCGUCAGUGCCUCCGACAUUUCACCUCUGCAACACCCCGUCCCAGGCGCAGUAUGGUACAAGGCCAUGCGUCAUGUCGGCUACCACUUCGGUCCUGCAUUUCAGCCCUGCCAGCAAGUCGAAGCCAAGGCAGACUCGCGUCACUGCCGCGCUAUGGUGCGACUUCAAGCCCCCGAGUCUCGGUAUCCGCAGAGCCAUUAUGCAAUGCACCCCGCUGCUAUUGAUGGCUGCUUACAGAUUGCCACUGUCGCCCUGAACCGUGGUCACCAUUCUGCAAUCAACACCCUCAUGCCCCCUGCCAUCAUUGAUAACCUGGUCAUUUUCCCGCACAAUGUUGCUUCCAGCGGUGAGGCUAUCGUAGCUUCCGAGGCCGUAUGGAGCGGCGUUGGUCGCCCAGACGACAACAAACGCUACGUCAGUGAUAUCCGCUCAAUUUCCCAGGAAAGCAAUGAGCUCGUACUCCACCUUGAGGGUUUAAGAUACCACGCUAUCAAUGCAAGCGCCGAACGACCCCAUGCUUUCACGCAGGUUGUCUGGAACCCAGACAUUGACUUCAUCACAUCCGCUCAGACGGCGCAUAUCUUACAGACGGCUGUCUCCUCAGGCAACGGCAAUGGCGAGGUUUCCGCAGCCUUGACACAGAUGGCCAAGCUACUGGCACUCAUCGCGCACAAACGCCCGUCGUCAAAGGUUAUUGAGGUGGCGCUACGCGACGGCCCCAUGGCUGGCGAGUCUUUGUAUCUCGACCACAUUCGCGCCAGAGCAGGUCCUAUUGCCCUAGGAUGUAGCUAUCGCUUCUUGGCGCCGUCCCAGCAGGCCGGACUUGUAGCGCAUGAGAAAUACGCUGUUGAACCAGGUGUUGCCGUGCAGGUGGUGGAUGCGGAACACAGGCCUUUUGAUGACAUUGAAGAAAAGUACGAUUUCAUUGUUCUGAAGGUCUAUGAAGGGGAGCGGGAGCUUGAAGAAACCAUUCGGCUCACACGAGAUGCCCUGACAGUGAACGGAUAUUUGGUUGUGGUGAGGGCAGCUGGGCUCCCCUUCAUGAAUGGUGACACUUCCAGCUCGACCGGUCUAGACACCGUUCAUGAUAUCCAUAUAUCCCGGGACGGGAUCCUCAAUCUGCUCUACGUUGGAGCUCUGAGGGAGGAAAAGGCGAGCACCCCCCUUACAGAAGCAAAGAAAGUACACUUAUUGCAAUUUGACACUUCACUCCCCUCUGCCGAAGUGAUUCAGGAUGAGCUGGCCCAGAAGGGAUGGGAUACGUCGCAGCACAGUCUACCAUUUGACGAGGUUCCACCGAACAGCACGGUUUUGAUCAUAGAUGAGGUGUAUCAACCAAUCCUCUCUGCCUUAGCAGACGAACAAUUUACCGCCUUGCGAGGUCUUCUAGAGCAGCAAUGUCGCGUACUAUGGGUCACUAGGGGGUCUCAAAUGAGGGUUACCCAUCCAGAGCAAGGUCUCAUGUUCGGAGUUGCGCGAUCGCUUCGAGCAGAGUACCCAUCCAACCUUAUCAUGUGUCUAGACAUAGAGUCUACGACCAGUGCCGGCAGCUUGGAAGCGAUUGACACAGCUCUUCGUCAUAUCACAUCUGCAACGAGCUUCCAGGAAACUGACAGUGAGUUUGUGGAGCGGGAUGGGAUGUACCAUGUGAGUCGGGUUGUUGCAGAUGACGUGUUGAAUCAGGCACAAAAGGAAAGCGAGGAAGGAGAAGGAGGAGCAUCUAUUCGCGAGGGCAUAAUCCAUGACCACAAGUCCCUCAUUCGGUUAAUCAGCGAGAGGCCUGGUACAUUGGAUACAUUGGUGUACAGGGAAAUUUGUCAACAGCUGAAUCUUGCAGACGAUGAGGUUGAGAUCGAGGUUCAUGCGGCAGGAAUGAACUUCAAGGAUUUGGCCAACGCGAUGGGAUUCGUACCGGCCAAUGAGCAUCUAUUCGGCUUAGAGUGCACAGGAGUCGUCACUCAGAUCGGCGAUGCUGUAAGAACAGUCAAACCGGGAGAUCGGGUGCUUAUGGUCCGGCGAGAUGGGGGCUGUUUCGCCAAUCGCGUGAGAAACCGCUGGCAUGCUGUCCACCUUUUGCCCGACUGGGUCUCAUUCGAAGCUGGUACAACCCUUGGAAUUGCGAUUCACACAGCCGUCUAUGGCCUUGUGACACUGGCCAACCUUCAAAAGGGACAGUCCGUCCUAAUUCAUUCUGCGUCUGGCGGUGUCGGCCUAGCGGCUAUUGAGCUGUGCCACUAUCUUGGUGCAGAAGUCUACGUGACCGUGGGCACGGAUGCAAAGCGAGAUUUCCUGGCCGGGCAGUAUGGGGUGUCGCGAGACCGCAUGUUCUCUUCACGCAGCACAGCCUUUGCCAAAGAACUUAUGCAGGUUACCAAUGGACGCGGCGUCGACAUCUGUCUCAAUUCCCUGACUGGAGACAUGCUGCAUGAGAGUUGGAGAUGUAUUGCCGAGAACGGCACUCUCGUCGAGAUUGGGAAGAAGGACAUGCUCGACCGGAAUAGUCUGUCCAUGGAGCCUUUUGACCGUAACUGCUCCUACCGCGCGCUUGAUCUUUCGCGAAAGAGCAUCAGCGAUGAGACCACCUACCAAACCGGAGUCUACAUCAUGGAUCUAGUGAGGCAGCGGCAUAUCAAACCAUUGCACAUCGGUGCGACUUUCUCAUUUACAGAGACUGUGGACGCGUUUAGGUACAUGCAGCGCGGGAAGCACAUCGGCAAGGUGGUUCUCUCCUUCGAGGACAGCAAGACCGUGCCUCUACCCUUCCGACCAGCGGGGCCUGUUUUCCGCCUACGUGAUGACGGUUCUUACCUUAUAGCGGGUGGUCUGAAAGGUCUCUGCGGAAGCAUUGCUGUCUACCUUGCUCGGAAUGGGGCUAAGAAUAUUGUUGUCAUCUGUCGCAGUGGGUACGAGGACGCGCGAUCCCAAAAAAUCAUAUAUGACUGCCAGUGCCUGGGAUGCCAUGUCGACCAGGUAACGGGUGACAUCACAUCCCUUGACGACGUCCGCCACGCCUUUACCACUGCCUCCAUGCCCGUCAUCGGUGUAAUCCAAGGCGCAAUGGUCCUGCGCGACCGCAUGUUCUCAACCAUGACACCCGACGAGUUCCGGCAGCCCAUUGCACCCAAAGUCGCCGGCACUUGGAACUUGCAUCAGGCGUCACUCGAGCAGCCAACAUGCCUAGAUUUCUUCACCUUGCUCUCAAGUGUCAGUGGUCUUGUAGGACAGCUUGGACAGGCCAACUAUGCUGCGGGUAACACCUUCCUUGACUCCUUUGCUGCAUACCGGCUCCAGCAGGGCCUUCCAGCCUGCUCAAUCAACCUCGGUCCAAUCGAAGAAGUUGGAUAUCUAGCCAACGACGACCAGGGCGCGAUGCUCAAUCGCGUCUUCGAAACCCGCGGCUGGACACCCAUACAUGAGGCCCUGCUACAUCAAAUCCUGCGCAUCAGUAUCCUCCAGCAAACGCAUGAUCUGAAUCCAUCGCAUACCGGCCAACUAGUCACAGCAAUUAUGCCUGGGAAUACCCCUUUCGAGCCCGUCCAUCGGUUCAGCGCUCUAGCCGGUAACAAUACAACUAAGACGGGCGGUGACAUCAAUGCCGAAUCCAAAUCUAAGCUGUUGCUCCUUAAGAAGGGCUCGAGCGAUACGGACCAUGCUAUUUUGCUUGCUGCCGCCGUGGAGUUGGUGAAUCCGGUUUUGAUGCGCAGUUUGGGAAUUGGGGAGCCUUUAGACCCUACGCGUCCACUGAGCAAUUACGGAGUCGACUCUUUGGUUGCAGUUGAGCUGAAAAAUUGGAUUCGUCAGCAAUUGGAGAUUGAAGUUAGUGCGUUGGAGAUUGUAGGUGCUAGGACUUUGACUGCGUUGUGUGAGACACUUUUGGAUAAAUUGGUUCGGUAG